AUGACAGAUCUCCAGAGAGAAGGAUGGUUUGUAUUUGAAGAUGUUGUGGCGGAAUUUUCGGACAACAAUAAAGAUCCUGAUUAUAAAAUUAUAAUCAAAAGGAUGCUAAAAUCUUUCAAAGAAUUGGGUAAUUUCAUGAGACUGAAGGUAAAUUUUCUUAAAUCCCAAGUGGACUAUGUUCCUGAGAAUUCAGAAGCAUUGGGAUCAAUGGACAAGAAGCUUGAUGCUAUCAACCAAGUGAUAUCAUCUUUAGCACAAAAUCACCAAAUAGCAAUACGUUCAACGGAAGAAAGUACUUAGGAGAUGGAGUUACUUCCCUUCUUGUUGUGAAAACAUUCUACAAGAACAUUCGGGUACUCUUUUGCUAAGGAAGCAGUAAAGUAAAUUAAGAUAUCUUAAGCACAAUCAUAUUAAGCAUUAGCCGAUAUUCAUGAUAUCGUAGAGAUGUCGGUUUUAAGCGGUAUUUGAAUCCACUAGAAGAUAAAAUCAACGAUAAAUGCUG